AUGGCUAAUGAUGAAGAAAUCGAACACAUCGAUGUGGACUCAAACAAGGAGUUCGCCAUUGACUCAAGUAGUCCACUAUACAUGCAUCCAUCGGAUAAUCCUGGUGCAAUGUUAGUACCAAUUCCAUUUAAUGGAAUUGGAUAUAGAUCCUGGAGACGAAGUGUGCUUCGAGCACUGUCAGUUAAAAAUGAACUAGGUUUCAUUAAUGGUGAUUAUAAGAAACCAGAUCUAGAAUCUCCAAAGUAUAGACUGUGGGAGAGAUGUGAUGAUAUGAAAGAGCUAGAGGAUCGUUAUGAUCAGACGAAUGGUGCAAAGCUGUAUCAAAUUCAGAAAGAGAUAAAUGAUCUGUCGCAAGGAACACUGGAUAUAACUGGGUAUUAUACUAGAAUAAAGAAACUAUGGGAAGAAUUUAGCACUUUAAGUGCAAAAACACAAUGCAGUUGA